CGCUCCAAGCCCCGUCCUCCUGCACGUUUCGGACGAAUGGGCGCUCGGUAAAGCCGAUAAACGCGACCAAUCGGGACCCGGGGAGCCGCGAGUGUGACCGAAGCGAGUGGUGCAAAGUAGCCGACCCGGGCUCAGUCUUUUCGGCCCUCCUUUUUUCCCCCACCCGGUCUGUUUCUUUCGUAUCUUGACUACAAUGGCGGAGCAGCAGCAGUUCUACAUCUUGCUGGGUAAUUUGAUGAGCCCGGACAACAACAUCAGGAAACAGUCGGAGGAGACGUACGACUCGAUUCCUGGAGGAAACAAGAUCACGUUUUUGCUGCAGGCGAUUCGCGAUGUGUCCGUCGCAGAAGAGGUCAGACAGAUGGCGGCGGUGCUGCUGCGGCGGUUGCUCUCCUCGGCGUUCGAGGAGGUGUUCCCGGGGCUCACGGUGGAGAUGCAGAUGGCCAUAAAAACAGAACUGCUCACGGCCAUUUCCCACGAAACCUCGCCGAACAUCAGGAAGAAAGUGUGUGACAUUGCCGCGGAGCUGUCCCGGAACCUCAUCGAUGACGAUGGGAACAACCAGUGGCCCGAAGUGCUUAAGUUUUUGUUCGAUUCUGUCAAUUCUGAUAACGUGGGUUUGAGAGAAGCCGCUCUACACAUAUUCUGGAAUUUCCCUGGGAUUUUCGGUAACCAACAGCAACACUACUUAGACGUUAUUAAAAGAAUGCUGGUUCAGUGCAUGCAGGACCAGGCCAACCCACAGAUCCAAAUGCUGGCGUCACGAGCUGCGGCCUCUUUUGUUUUGGCCAAUGAAGGAAAUGCAGUUCUCCUCAAACACUUUUCAGAUCUGCUGCCAGGAAUAUUACAAUCGGUGAACGACUCUUGUUACCAGGGAGACGACUCGGUGCUGAAGUCGUUGGUGGAAAUCGCAGACACGGCUCCUAAAUAUCUGAGACCAAACCUGGAGGCGACACUACAGCUCUGUCUCAGGCUGUGCGCGGACACAAACCUGUCGAACAUGCAGAGGCAGCUCUCUCUCGAGGUCAUCGUCACGUUAUCGGAGACGGCGGCGGCCAUGCUGAGGAAGCACCAGGCACUCGUGGCUCAGAGCGUUCCUCAGAUGUUGGCCAUGAUGGUGGAUCUGGAGGAGGACGACGAGUGGGCCCAGGCGGACGAGCUCGAAGAUGACGACUUUGACAGUAACGCUGUAGCUGGGGAGAGCGCCCUGGACAGAAUCGCCUGUGGACUCGGAGGAAAAAUAAUUUUACCGAUAAUCAAACAACACAUCAUGCAGAUGCUCCAGAACCCGGACUGGAAAUACCGUCACGCGGGGCUCAUGGCUCUGUCUGCGAUCGGAGAAGGAUGUCACCAACAGAUGGAGACGAUUCUGAACGAGAUCGUGUGUGUGGUGCUCCGGUUCUGCGCAGACCCGCAUCCUCGGGUUCGGUACGCCGCCUGCAACGCCAUCGGACAAAUGGCCACAGACUUUGCUCCCACCUUCCAGAAGAAAUUCCACGACAAGGUGAUCGUGGCUCUGCUGGAGACGAUGAAGGACCAGGGCCACCCGCGGGUUCAGGCUCACGCCGCCGCCGCGCUCAUAAACUUCACCGAGGACUGCCCCAAGUCUCUGCUGGUGCCAUAUCUGGACAGUCUGGUGCAGCACCUCUGCGCCAUCAUGCAGGCCAAACUACAGGAGCUGAUCCAGAAGGGCACGAAGCUGGUCCUGGAGCAGGUGGUGACGUCCAUCGCGUCUGUGGCGGACACGGCGGAGGAGAAGUUCGUGCCGUACUAUGACCUGUUCAUGCCGUCGCUCAAAAACAUCGUAGAAAAUGCCGUUCAGAAGGAGCUGCGUCUGCUGCGAGGGAAGACCAUCGAGUGCAUCAGCCUGAUCGGACUCGCCGUGGGGAAGGAGAAAUUCAUGUCAGACGCCGCCGCUGUGAUGCAGCUGCUCCUCAAAACACAGACGGACUUCAACGACCUGGAGGACGACGACCCACAGACCUCGUACAUGAUCUCGGCCUGGGCGCGCAUGUGUAAGAUUCUUGGGAAAGAGUUCCAGCAGUACCUCCCUGUGGUGAUGGGGCCCCUCAUGAGAACCGCCUCCAUCAAACCAGAGGUGGCGCUACUGGACACUCAGGACAUGGAGAGCAUCUCUGAGGACGACGGGUGGGAGUUUGUGAAUCUGGGAGAUCAGCAGAGUUUUGGGAUCAAGACGGCCGGACUGGAGGAGAAGGCCACGGCCUGUCAGAUGCUGGUGUGUUAUGCCAAAGAGCUGAAGGAGGGUUUUGUGGAGUACGCAGAAGAAGUGGCCAAACUCAUGGUUCCUUUGCUCAAAUUCUAUUUCCACGAUGGCGUGCGAGUGGCGGCCGCAGAGUCCAUGCCGCUGCUGCUGGAGUGUGCUCAGGUCCGCGGGCCUCAGUAUCUGUCCGACAUGUGGAAGUUCAUGAGCGAUCCUCUGAUCAAAUCCAUCGGGACGGAGCCGGACUCGGACGUGCUCUCUGAGAUCAUGCACUCGUUCGCCAAGUGCAUCGAGCUGAUGGGAGACGGCUGCUUGGAGAAGGCUCAGCUGGAGGAGCUCGGAGGGAUCCUGAAGGGGAAACUAGAGGAGCAUUUUAAAAACCAGAGACUCAGACAAGACAAAAGGGAAGAUGAAGAUUAUGACGAACAGGUGGAGGAGACGCUACAAGACGAGGACGAGAAUGACGUGUACAUUUUGACCAAAGUGUCGGACAUUCUUCACUCCAUCUUCAGCUCUCACAAAGAAAACGUGCUGCUCUGGUUUGAACAGCUGCUGCCGCUCAUCAUAGAACUACUGCGAGCAGAGCGGCCGUGGGCGGACCGGCAGUGGGGCCUGUGCAUCUUCGACGACGUGGUUGAGCACUGCAGCCCGUCCUCCUUCAAAUACGCGGACUACUUCCUGGGCCCCAUGCUCCAGUCUCUGAUCGACCCGGUGCCCGAGGUGAGGCAGGCGGCGGCGUACGGCGUCGGGGUCAUGGCGCAGUACGGAGGAGCAAACUACUGCAAGUUCUGCAAAGAGGCGAUCCCGCGGCUGGUGGGCGUGAUCCAGGCCCCGGACUCUCGCUCCAAAGAAAACGUGAACGCUACAGAAAACUGCAUCUCCGCCGUGGGGAAAGUCAUGCGCUUCCAACCGGAGUGGGUCAACGUCAACGAGGUGCUCCCUCAUUGGCUGUGCUGGCUGCCACUCAAAGAGGACAAAGAGGAGGCGGUUCACACCUUCGACUACCUGUGUGACCUCAUCGAAAGUAACAAUCCCAUCGUCCUGGGCCCGGACAAUGCAAACCUCCCCAAAAUCUUCCUGAUCAUCGCGGACGGAGUCGCGAGUGAAUCCAUCAAAUGUGAAGACGCCUGCAGCAAAAGACUGGCCAACGUUAUUCGACAAGUUCAGGUUUCAGCCGGUUUAUGGACACAGUGCGUCUCCACGUUGAACGAGACGCAGCAGAAAGCCAUUCAGGACCUGCUCAACACGGCCUGAUCCUCGCCUCCUACGUCCUCCCUCCCUCCCUCGUCUCCUACUUCCUACUCCCUCCCUCCUCGCGCUAACUCCAGACCGUGUAAACUCCUCCCCCCUCCUCCUCCUCUCUGCUGCUCCGGGACUACGCCACAUCUUUAAAACGUUUAUUUCGGGACGGACUUGAACGCAUCUUUGUAGACUUUUAAAAUCGGGGAGCCAUCUUUUUUUUUUUUUUUUUUUCCCUGCCUUAUUUCAUCCACUAUUAUGCAUCCCAACCAUUCCUAACGAAAGAUUUUACAUUAAAACAACCGAAAUGGGGGAAAAAAACAGGAGUAGCAUAUUUUUAUGUGGACUUGAACAUCAAAUUACACUGUCUCUGUGAAUUUUUUCUUUUCUUUUUUUUUUGUAUUUUAUUUGCGUUUCCGGCGUCAAAGAAGUUCCGGCAUGUUCAUAGUGGCUAAACUCUAGACAUUAUAAAAGCGAAGUAGAAACGUGGUUAAAUUGGGAGAGUCGGCGUAAUGCUGGGCUCCCUCCCGAUUUAUAGAGUUUGAAGGUAAACUUUUGAACGGUUCCACAGCCUCAAAUAGCAUAUUGCUGAGUUUAAACGGCUGUUUUCGUGGACUUUGUGACAAAAUGGAGGCAAUUUUUAGGGUUGUAUGUUGGAGAAAAAAAAAAAAUGCUGAGGGAAAAAUAAAAAAGAACAUGAAGGUUUUGGACCCUGUUGCAGCCCCCGCGGAAAUUACGAUGGAAUAUUAAAGAACCACAAUAAAUUCCAUUUGAAAGAAACGAAA